UCUGACACAGCCAAGUCUCCAGCUCUGACACAGAUGUUCCUCCAGCAGCUCUGAAGUAACGCUGCUUGCUGGAUACAAUGUCACACCCAGGGGUUCCUGGUCCAUCUCAGCCUUCUAAGAGGACUUGCUACUGAUGAAAUCAAAUGCUUAAAGAAGCAUGAGAUGCAGGGCUUUAUCUAAUGUUUUGUCUCAGCUGGAGUGGCUGGUGAAUUGCCACAGCUCAGUACAGUGCUGCUGUACUCCACUGCAACUUUCUUCAAAGCAAACUCCUGGUAAAAUCCUCUAAUUUCCCUCUGAUUGAGAACUGGUGUCAAGACUGGAAUGAUUUACCUGUUGGAAGAAUGUUGACUCUCGAGUGGGAGUCAGAGGGACUGCAAACAGUGGGUAUUGUUGUGAUAAUAUUUGCAUCUCUGAAGCUGCUUCAUUUGCUGGGACUGAUUGAUUUUUCAGAAGGUUUCCUCUACGCUCAGAACAGUACCAAACGCAGCAUUAAAGAGCGACUUAUGAAGCUCUUGCCCUGCUCGGCUGCCAAAACGACAUCUCCUGUUACUCAAAACACUGUAGAAGAUGAAAUGGAAAUGGCCACAGUACGACAUAGACCUGAAGCUCUUGAACUGCUGGAAGCACAGAGUAAAUUCACAAAGAAGGAACUUCAGAUCUUAUAUAGAGGUUUCAAGAAUGAAUGUCCCAGUGGUGUUGUCAAUGAGGAAACCUUCAAAGAGAUUUACUCUCAGUUCUUUCCACAGGGAGAUUCCACAACUUAUGCACAUUUUCUGUUUAACGCAUUUGACACUGAUCACAAUGGAUCUGUAAGUUUUGAGGAUUUCGUUAUGGGUCUCUCAAUUUUACUGCGAGGGACGGUACAGGAGAAACUGAACUGGGCUUUCAAUUUAUAUGAUAUAAAUAAGGAUGGAUAUAUAACAAAAGAGGAAAUGCUUGAUAUCAUGAAAGCAAUAUAUGAUAUGAUGGGGAAAUGCACCUAUCCUGUUCUCAAGGAGGAUGCACCUAGACAACAUGUGGAAACAUUUUUCCAGAAAAUGGACAAAAACAAAGAUGGAGUAGUCACCAUAGAUGAAUUCAUUGAGAGCUGUCAGAAAGAUGAGAAUAUAAUGCGAUCCAUGCAGCUCUUUGAAAAUGUGAUUUAAUGAAGACAUUAGGUCUACAACUCAUGGACAAAUACGAGCUGUUCCACAACAUUAUCUACAAGAUGGAUUUCCCACUAUCCUAAAUAAAAUUACUCAGCUUUCCACUGAGACAUGUAUUAUGCAAAUAGAUUUUUUUAUUACAAACUUUUCCCAACAAAACCCCCUUUCUAAAUGAUACCAUUUAGCACUUCAGCAGUCGUUACUUAGCUAACAAGACUGUUCUGAAAGAGAGGUUUUUACUCCAAACUCAAAACAAAACCUGACAUUAUGCAGCUUUACUAUCAUUCCAGCUUCUAGAUAAAACUGAUACUUUCACAAGCAGAUUAAAUAAAUGCUCUUAUGUUUUGCUACUCAUUUGUACUGGAUUAAGCUCCAGGUGUUUAAGUGUAUUAUUUCUUAAAUCUUAGCUUCUAAUUUAUACAGAGGCAUUACCAAGUAUUCUCUUUUCAUGUUGGUAUGCUGUAGUGCUCAUUUUUCAAAUAAUACUUUGAGUUAAAGUGCUGUAAUUAAUGUGCAAUGCACAUCUUGCUGCAAUUGCCUUCUACCUUUUUCUCUUAAAAGAACCCCCCAAACCUAACUAACUAAAGAGAUAACUUGAAAGGGAGAGAUUAUAGAACAGGAAAAAAGGGUACUGCUUACAGGUAGAUGUACUCCCCAACAACUCUGAGUAAGCCUCUUACUGAUCACACUUACCUAGUAAAUCUGCAUUUCAAUUAUUGUGACUUGAAUAUCAGGAGUCCUGCAUCCUGUGUUUCUAAUUCUUCCUGGAGGUGUCUGCAAUGUUCUUUGCUUAAAAUCAAGGAUCUUCUGAGGUUUUCAUGAAGAAACUUUAUGUGGAUCCUAACACUUUCUGCCUUUAAUGAAGAAAAAGGCAUGAACUUCUUUGGAAACUUCCAUUCCACUUCAGUGCUCAGAAUGAAUGUAGUACGUAGCAACAUCUACUAAUAUCGACUGCUAGACAGGCUAAUAUCUGUUUCAGCUUUUUGUAGUAUCUUUAAUUAUGAGACAGAGUCAGGAAAAAAAAUGGAAACUUCAGCUAUAUAAUACCAUCUAUGUGUGAUAAAUGCAUUUCAUUUUUUUAGGAUCAUUUCUUCAUUAAGAUUGGAGCUAACUGAAUUCUGAACCUAGAAAGACUUUUCUAAAAAAGUAUGUACCUAAAAUAUAAGACUGGCCCCCUCCCACAUGCCCUUGUCAUUUUUAAGACAUACUGUCCACAGAAUUUAUGCCCAUACUUGGAAAUAGGUGAAAUGCUAUCCGAGAUUGGCCAAUCUUCAUUGUGACAGCGCUGCAGAAAACACGACAGGGGAUUAAUGAAGAAAGAAGAAAGUUGCAAGCAUUAUUUUGCAAAAAAAAAACAUAUCAGGUAUCUAUUCUGGUGUAGAGAUGGGAAGUUAGUGGCAUGUUGAAGGCUGCUCUGCUAUCACCAGUGUAGGAUAAGAGUAGUACAGUACAUGUACACCUGAAAUCUGCUGUAGUGUGUUUAUGUAAACUAAAUGUGCACAUUUUGUAAAAAAAUAAAUAAACAUGAUGAAACCUAA